CGAGUCGCCAUAUUGACUAGUGUAGUGCGAUCCGCCAUAGCUGUCAGUUGACGGUUUUUUGCUGGGCGAGAGGACGAGAGGGCAGUGCGGUUGAUGCGGCUAGUGCCCGUGCGAGCUCGAGGGACGCUUUUCCGCUAAAUUUCCGUGCGUUUCGCGCAAACAGGAUAAAGAGUGGGAGGGAGAGCUCGGGGAAGGAGCGAGGAACGAGCAGUGCGUUGGAAGCCACCGUCGACGAUCAGUCGGGAAACACGGUCGCGGUGUUUUUCCCGCCGAAUUUUCGCGAGCAUAAGUAGGCGCCAACGAUUCGAGCAGGCGGUUUCGUAUCCAGCAGUCGCUCGCCUUCGGAUGUGUCGCUAGUGUAUAUAUAUAUAUAUAUAUAUAUAUAUAUACAUAUAUAUAUAUAUAUCACGCACGUGCAAACCGACUCCUCCCCGCCGUACAUACGUAUACAUGCGUACGCGCGUGUGUGCUUAUCGAGGAAUAGGGAUCUAGACGAGACGCGUGCAUAAUAUCCGCGGAAAAGCAGACCAAAGUGCGCGAGUGCUGGUGAACAUACACACAAGAGAGGAGAGGGAAGAGAUAGAGCGUGCGGCGAGACGAGGAAGAGGAGAGAAAGAUGAGCAAGACGUGCGCUCGCUGCGAGAAGACGGUCUAUCCGAUCGAGGAGCUCAAAUGCCUCGACAAGAUAUGGCACAAGCAAUGUUUCAAGUGCCAGGGCUGCGGUAUGACCCUGAAUAUGCGAACAUACAAAGGUUUCAACAAACAGCCAUAUUGCGAGGCGCAUAUACCAAAAGCCAAAGCCACCACGAUGGCAGAGACACCGGAAUUGAAGCGUAUUGCGGAGAACACGAAAAUACAGAGUAAUGUGAAAUAUCACGCUGAAUUUGAGAAGGCGAAAGGAAAAUUUACGCAGGUAGCAGACGAUCCAGAGACUCUCAGAAUCAAGCAGAAUAGUAAGAUAAUCUCGAAUGUUGCUUAUCAUGGUGAGCUCGAAAAGAAGGCGAUUAUGGAGCAAAAGAGGACAAUGACGGGAGAAAAUGGUGAACAAAUAGAAUAUGUAGAGUACACAGACGGUACGAUCGCCCCUGCAUCGAGUUUAAAUGCCAAUCCGCCGCCUCCAAGAACGGCUAAUUCGCCGGUACAAAGGACACCAGGUAGGAUCGCUGAUUACGAUCCCCUUAGCGAAGCGAGACCGAGUCCUUAUUCCGCAAGGCAAGCUGCCACCACUGUCAUUUACACAAGUGACAAGGGACCAGUGACGAAUCCACCGACACGAAAAAUCGGCUCGGUUGCCGACAUCGAUCCAGUAAACGAAUAUUACGGAUCGUUAACGCCAGCCACAACAAUAAACAAUAAUCAGCAUCAACUUCAGCAUCAACCGCCGCCACCGCCCCCCAAUGUUGGGAGAGUGUACAGAGCGAUGUAUGACUAUGAGGCUCAAGAUCUUGAUGAAGUGAGUUUCUGCGACGGCGAUUUAAUUGUCAACUGUACAGCUGUAGAUGAAGGCUGGAUGACCGGAUUGGUGCAACGUACGGGGCGACACGGCAUGCUACCAGCUAAUUAUGUCGAACCGGCGCAGAUUUAAAUAUUUGUUUUUCAUAUCGAGCUUCCAUUCGCUACUAUCACCGUUAUUUAGAUCGCAGCGCACUUAAUCGGUGCGUUUUACUGAAGGAAGAAAAAAAUAUGCGAUAUAAUACUCGAAGCAAUGCUUCUAUUCGGUUCUUGUUAUUUGCAAGGUUAUUCGUUUGAAACGACGAACUGUCAUUUUAGGAAAUCAGAUAUCGAAAGAUAUUUAUAUAAAGAAACUUUUUGGUUUUUGAUCUGAUAUAUAUAAAUUUUCGAUCAUUUUUACCUCGAUUACAUUGACAUCGGUUUGGAUAAAACUAAAUUUUUCCUAAAAUAUAUCAACAGGAGAGAGACAAAUAGAUUUGAAAAUUAUGAAAUUUGAAAUCAGUUUUAUAAAUGUUUGAAAAUGUUUUUCAUAAGUAUUCCAAUUUGACACCAGUACUUUUGACUUCAACAACCAACUUCCAAAUGACAAUAUGUAGUUUUACAUGUUAUAUAAUUCCAUAAUGGGACCAAACUUUACAUAACUGCGAUAAAUUAUGCCAAUUAAAAUUAUAAUUCCGACAGCUCAUGGAGUGAUAUAUAGUGCUAAUCACAGUAAUUAGGAAGAGCCAAGUAAAAGAUGUCACUUUUA